AUGAGAGAUUCUCUUGUUCAAGGAGCAAAGAAAGCGAACAAAAUUGCAGUGGCCUUCCCUUUCCUCUUUGCUUUGACCGUUGCAAUAUCUUCAUUGGCCACGCGAACCCACCUUCAGCCCCCAGCCCGACUCCAUACAAACUACGGAGUAACGCCAUAUCCAAACUCCCUUGAGUCUUGUCAUCAAAUCCAAGAAGGAGCCUGUCGCUCAAAGCUGAUCUCAAGGCUAGAGCUGCAUGCCCUCGGCUGGGAGCCUCCACUAGGAAAUACUUUGGCCUUGAGUCGUCAACCUCCCACACCCCCUCGGACCCCCUCUGAAUUUUCUCAGCCACCGGUCUGUGCUCUAAUCAUCUUCUCCAGCGCAAGCAUCCUCAAAAGAAGAACAAGAGGGUCCGGUCCGCCUGGUUCUCUGGAGCGACCUACAUUUCACGCACGGAUCAGACAGACAUCUUCUCAAGAGGCAGAGGCAGAGGCGGGGGAGAGACCCGAACCACUCUUUGCAAUCUGCUUGUGCCCGUCCGUGCUGUUUGGCAUUUUUGGAUAG